UAAGGAAAAAUAAUUUUAAAAAUUUUUUUGACAGGCAAAUAUGCGAGCGACAAGAAUACAAGUAUUUAAUAAUAAAGUCGCGCAUCCAAGAACAGUGGAGAUAUUUUUACAAUCAAAUAACGUGACUGGCCGUUUUCAUAUAGAAUCAAACGAUGAUCGAGUGUUUGAAAACGCUUAUAAUAUGAUUGAGCACUUGCGAAAAUAUUAAAUAAAUUGCGCGUUCCAAUCGUCGACUGGUGAACGCACCGUUAGCGAGUCAUUCUGCGUAAAUCGCUUACAAUAACAGAAACUGGUUCAAAGUGGAGAAGACCUGAGACGGACCGAUGUUUAUUAACCGCAAGCACCGUGCAUAAUAAAAGUCAUUUUUCCCAUGGGGGAGCGAGGAGGCAAGGAGUAUACUCGCAAUUUCACAGACCGAUGAUCCGCGAGGGACACGUCGCGAUGCCAUAGGCAAAUCACGACGCCGCAUAGCAUGGGAUUCGUUCCACUUGCCCUCGACCAUUUCUCACGGCAUUAAAUCGCGAACUGUCAAGGAGAAUGAAACGUUCGGCUACGCGUUUUGCCGAAAAAGAUUGCUGGCUCGCUUACGCAAUUGUUUUGUCAUUACUUAAUUGCGUAGUUCGUUACCGGAUUACAGUUCGUUGUACUGGCAAUUUUGUACUCGUUAUGUUAUUAAAAAGUUAAGACAUUGGGAUGAGUGAUGUGAUGUCACGUCGGGUCAGGGAAUAUCAAUUUUGAAUAAUUAUCUGUACUGCUAAUUUUCAGACGAAGAUGUGGUUAGUUCACGUUUUUCAUGAUAAACGCAUCAAAUUAUUGUCAUUAUUACGCUGCUAAAAUGUGAAAUUAUCUUUUAGCCUCUCACAAUCAACUGUUUAAAAAAAUCUUUGCUCCUUCACCUCUUUUUCUUCUUUUUCAGCUUAUGAGCCUUUCUCGAGGGGAACCCGAAAGCCGGAAAUCGUCGCAGUCUCAUAUUCCGGUAAGGUCAAUGUAAAUUUCUGAAGGGCUCCGAAGAUAGGGGUCAGUUAUGUGUGCACCCGUCGUACACACUCAUACGCAUCGCAUCCGUUCCCCCAUCGUGCAUGAAAGCAGACACCUGUUCGUGGUUCAGUUUCGCGGUAGACGUUUCUGUUGGUCGCCGCGGUCCCCCCUUCUUGACAAUGGGGAGCCGACUUCCCCAGUGCCGUUCAGGCCGCUUUACUCGACGGCUCAGUUUUGUAGUAAAGAGUUCCACAGCCCUACAGCACGGUCGUAAUCGUAGCCGAGUUCGAUGCGAGAUAGAUCCAGGUCGAUCAGGAUAGUGCACCGAGUGUGAAAUGCAGUGUAUUAAAAGUAGAGUGGAAUGAUAAAUCAGUGAAAAUAAGUGAAGCCUUAUUUCUCAAGAUAGAUCAAGUUUUAGAACAAUUUUUUCAAAGAAAACAUUUGGAAAAUCCACAGAAGACAAGACAAAAAUUUUCCAAUUGUAAAAAAGCGUAAAUAAACUUUUGGAAAUUAAUGUUACUCGUCGAAAACAAUGAAGAGAUUGAAAAACAAAUUGUGAAUAAGAUUUCAAAUAAGGUUUUGUGAAUUUGUUUUAAAAAGAUAACAGAACUGUCGAGUUUUUAUUGAAGAAAUUCAGUGCAACAGUUAUUCAAUACACUUGUGAUAUAAAAUCUGGAGGUUCCAUGCUUAUAUUCGUUAUGAACGUAAAGAGAAGUGAGUUAGAAGAGUGACUGGCCGCGCGGAUCGAUAAAGACUAUCGAGGGUGCAAUUUAAGCCCUUUGUGUUUUUUGUUAUAAGGGACGGAGACUAAUCGAAUGUGUGGCGGAUCAACAGAAGAUUAAUAAUAUCGCAAUUUGCGUUAUUGAUGAAAAGUUGGAACUGUGAGAGGAAUAUUUCACGAACGAUGAAGUUAUAGAUACAUGGACGACGUGCUUUUUCCGAACGUAUUUUGUGAUAUAUCAGUCGACAGAAUUGACGGACGAUGAUCUUGAAUUGCCAUGGGACGAAACAUAUUGAGCAUCUUGCUGCUCCUCUGCUGCAUGCUGCAAUCACUCGUCGGACAACUGACUCGAGACAAACGAUGCUUUCUGGAGAACGAAGCAACCGCAGUUGAUCUCUUUGUCAGGGAGGAUCUGUCUGUCGGCGACACUGUGGGGGUCCUCGGGGUAUUAGGUGAUCCUAGUUCGCUAGGUGACAUCCAACUGAGCUUGCAGGAAAACGAUAGUCCUGUUACUCUCUUGUCGUACUCAAAGAACUUGACGCUCGUCAGAAAGCUUGACAAGGAGGGCAUCGAGGGACCAGCCAGUGUCUACAUCAAUGUCAUCUGCGAGAGAAAGCAUACCUUAGAUCCGGUAUUCAUCAUACCAGUGAACAUUCGAGUGCUCGAUACGAAUGACAAUUCGCCGCAAUUCUUGAAUGCGCCUUAUCUACUGAAUAUUUCCGAAGUUACCGAAGUCGGUACGAGAGUUUUGCAAGGAGUCCGAGCUGUCGAUGCUGAUCAAUCAGGGCUAAAUUCGAAUGUGCAGUAUUCAGUUCUUCCAGGAUCUUAUUCGGACUACUUUUUUUUCUUGAGCCCUUUGGAAGGCACUCUUGUGCUAAGAAAACGGCUGGACUAUGAAACUCUUACUAACUUCUCCAUUGGUAUUCGUGCACAAGACCAAGGUGAACCACCCCGAUCGUCGACAACAACGUUAUACAUCAAUGUUAUCGAUGCCGACGAUCAGAAUCCAGUUUUUUUGACUGAACAAUACAAAGUCACUGUACCGCGUCACGUGAAAGGAAGAAAAGCGCUGAAAGUAUGGCCUGCUGCAAUCAAAGCCGUAGAUCAGGAUGUUGGCAUUAACUCGCGAAUCAAAUAUACAAUUCAAGGCGCGAUUUUAACUUUUCUGGAUUUGAAUCCUGAGACUGCUGAAAUCGUUAUGAUACGAUCGCUGCAGGAUCAGGAGCUAAUAACGCCCGCAACUAUCAUCAUUAAGGCUACCCAAGUAGAUAAUCCGGACAAAUCUACUCUCGCUUCAAUCAUUGUUUCGCGAGAAGAUAGUUAUAGCGUUGGUCCAACAGCAGGUGGUCGAUUACCCGUGAAAUUCGUGCUAAAGAAUUAUCAGAAGAGCGUGCCGGAGGAUGAAAAGAAAGGAAGCGUUCUUUUAAGGGCGGAAGUCAACAAAGUUGAUCCUAAUUUAAGAUACUGGCUGUCGGGCGCAAGGGUGGACCUACAGAAUUUCACCAUCACUAAUUCUGGGGAUUUGAUCCUGAAUGGCAGUCUAGAUUACGAGCUACAAGAUCAGCAUUACUUCCAAGUUCAUGUUACCGACGGUUACAAUAAUGAUACGUCACACGUGAACAUUUCGGUAGAAAAUGUGAACGAGUGGGGACCGCGAUUCCGGUAUUCCGAAUACAUAUUACACGCUCAUUCAGCGAGAGAAGGCUCUAUUAUUGGAAGGCUGGAAGUAGCUGAUGGCGACAAAGGCGACAAAGUCCGUAUAUCUCUCAUAGGACAAGAUUCCAGGUACUUUGAAGUUAGAGAUAAUGGAGAUUUAGUGCUAAGAUCACUAGGUACAUUUAAUAGAUCUAAGGCUCAAUUUAUGGCGAUAGCUUCCGACUCCGGAUAUCCAGUACAAAGCUCGAAUGAGAUUCCGGUAACCGUCCACAUACCGAGUUCAUUGCCGAUCGCUGCGAGAGCUGCACCCGCUUGGCUAGGCAGCAGUGUGUUAUUAGUUGCUAUCUUUGGUGCAGUUUUGGGUCUUCUUGGAGUCGUUAUACUUAUUCUCAUUCUUUACAUUUAUAAACACAAAAGGCCCAAAAGCGGUAGUUCAGUCAGCUCUGUAGGAACAGGAUAUCGUGAAAAAUCACCGGUUCCAUCGGCUCUGAGCCCGACGCCGCAGGUGCUAGGUGCCAGUAUUAUCCACGAUACCUUGGAGAGUCCGCGAGAUCGACAUCACAAUAGCGACGAAAAUGAUAAUGCUGGAAACCGUAAUGAUAUCGAUAAUCCCGUCUUCGGAGAAACUAAUGAGAGCUCGUAUGGCGCUACGAUUAAAAGUAUAGCGUCUGCAAGACAAUUACCAUUAUACGCCAGACAUAAAGUGGCGCCCGCGCCGAAUCCGCCGGCUUUAUCAGCCACCUCAAACAUCCCCAACAUUGGUGGACUAGUGCAGAAUAUGAACGAUUUGAGUGCUAGAACCAAUUUGGAUGCUGCAUCUCACGAUUCUUCCAAUUAUUCGGGAGAUCCUCCCGACUCUCUGGUACCAGCGUGGCCUGCUAGUUCAGUCCUGCCAAGAAUUAAAAAACUAUCUUGGGACGACGACGACAGGACUGUGGACAGCGUCGAGGUCGCGGCAGAAACGCGAACCGGAGAUAAUCAAGUCGGCAACGAAAGGCUUAAUCUCACCGUGUACUUCUAACAAUCGAUUAUUUUGUAAAGGGCGCACAUUCCAAUCUCAAUGGCGGAUGAUAGCCGUAAGUCCUGAUCUGUUUAGUUAAAUAAAGUCUCGUUGAUAUCGGAAUUCUGUAAAGGAACUUUCCAUGCAUUGCAAUACAAUGUGACGAAUGUGACCUUAUGCGUAUUCGGUCCACGGAACAUCUGUGUUAUCCUGUGUUAUCCUGCGUAACAUAGCGUUAACUCGCGUGAUCUCGAACGGAUCACAUCCGUUAUCUACUCGAUGCAACAUCGAUCUUCGAUUGUAGAAAGUAAUUAUUUGAAAUUACUAGAAAUAUAAAUAUAUACAAUCAAAUACGAAAAAAAUACUGCAGAUUUCUGUUUGAGAAAAUUUAAUUUGUUCGAUAUUAAAAUAAGAAGAGAAAGAGAUUAUGCUAAAUAGGAAAAUGGCUUUAAAUCUGAGAUAUGUUGCAUAGAUCACUAAUAUUUAGAAAAAUAUAAUAAAACAUUUCUUAGAAUUAUAUUAUUGACACGCGAGCAAUAUUGAGAGUCUCGUAUAGUUACUGCGAACUUUAACUCCUUUAUUCACAAAAUCAUAAGUUACGUUUUAUUUUUACGUAUAAAAUAUUAUUCUCGGGUUUAUUACAUCGCAUUACCACAAAUUUCUCUACACUAAACUCUCUAGAAAGAUCUCAUCUUGAUCUUUGGAAGAGAGAAAAAUUCAAUGUGGUAUGGUGUAAAUGUCAUGAAGAUUUAGAACGUAAAUGAAUCUUUAGUAGAAAUAAAGCCUUUUACCUGAAACAAUAAAUUACAGUCUACGGGAAUUAUGUUAUCAUAAGAAAAUAGAAUGGUUGGUUGCAUAAAUGACCUCUAUUAGUAGGUUGAAGUUAUCGCGUUUGCACUUUGUUGAAACCACCGGUAUUCGAAUACAACGAGAAAACUAUGUUAGUAGGUCGAUCUUCGCAAUUAUUUGCACAACAAGUACUGAGUAAAUAAGUGAAUUAAGUCUCAUUCACGUGAGACUUGAAAUUCAUGAAGACGCUUAACUAAUUUUUAUGCCGUACUAAAAGAAAUUAGAUAUAAAAUCGCUGAAAAAUGCAUCUUGAAUCAAAUUUUA